GCGCAGACGCAGUUUGAAUUGAGAGACCCCGUCCUGUCAGCAACUUCAGCUGUCAUUCCUUCUCAGACCUCUCGUAGGCGACUGUCGUGUCUCUGAGCAUGGGGCUGAUUACAGGAAUCUGUUCUUUCUUGUACCACUUACCUCAAAUUUAUAAAUGGCUACUCAAACCGUACUAUAUAACAUCGGUUUUCAUGACCGUUGCCUUUCUUGUUGUCCGUAAGGCUCCUGGUCUGUGCGAGCACCUGGCGUCGCAACGCGAGGACGGCAACUCUUGCGACUUUGACUGGGUGAGAGCCUGAGGGCAUGGUGGUGGGGAUAGUGUUGCUAUGAAAUUCUGACUGCUGCUAAAUAUAAGGAAUCCGACACGAGGAAGCGGACUCAUUUACGGUUAUCUCAUGUUUUUGCACUUUAUUUCUGUUUUUUAGAGAGAGUUGGAGAUUCUUAUGUUUCUAAGUGCAAUAGUCAUGAUGAAGAACAGGAGAGCAAGUAAGUAAACCCCACACCACCUCUUUUCACAUCUUUACAUGUACUCAAGUGUAAAACAACUAAUAUCAUACAUGUCAGCAUUUGUUUACACUAAAUAGUCACAUUAUCAAUUGACAAAGCUGGGAGUAGUCAGUUGCUAAGGUUAGUUUACACCUUAAAAAUAUGUCUAAUUUCCAGAUUUUACAUGUAAAACCGCUUUUUAAUGACACUUUAAAUGUUAAUUCAACCAAAUGUGUUAUUCCAAACAAAUAUGUAGGCCUAACUGAUUGUGACCACGAGGGAAGCCCUGCACAGGUGGACAUAUCCAGGAAGAACCUUACUUUAGACUACUCUGUUUUGUCAACAAAACAGCUGCAGUGGAGCUCUGUGACCUUGUAUAAAAGGUUUGAAGGUUUUACACCUCUGCUGCAUUCAUUCUCUCUCCUUUCUCUCUUUCUCAGUCACCUUGGAGCAACACAUUGGCAACCUGUUCCUGUUUAGCAAGGUGGCCAAUGUCAUCCUCUUCUUCCGGCUAGACAUUCGGUUGGGCAUCCUCUACCUCGCUUUGUGUGUUGGUUAGUGACCCGCUUAUCCCUGAUACAAAUGCUGCCCCUCUCAAGAAUACAUCUGAGUUAUGGAAAGCUUAAGAAGCACACAUUGUGGUGAAUCUACCAGCUAAUCACCUACACCUCAAAAGUCUCACAACUUCAGAUGAUGCUGUGGCGUCAAAUAAUCUCUAAACCCACAACCUUUUCUAACCUGAACAGAAGUAUUUUAGAAAUGUACAUUUCUCAUUUGCCUAACUGAGCACAUUAUGAGCCCUUGUAUUAGGCUGUUUUUAAGAAAUUGGUUUUCUUUCAUGUGUACUUAUCUGUUUAAAAAUGUCCUUUUCCAGCUUUUGUCAUGACCUGCAAGCCGCCUCUCUACAUGGGCCCUGAGUACAUUAAGUACUUCAGUGACAAGACCAUAGACGUGAGUGUAACUCUACAUAUAACACUGAUUUUCUUUUGACCAAAUAUUUGCAAAUUCCCCUAUAAAAUUCUUCUUCUGGCGGUAAUGUAGAACCUAAGGCCUGUGCCAUGUGAAGUAUAAACUCUUACAAUGCAGAUGGAUUUGCCAUUGAAGAGUCACAUACAUGUAAGCAUUGUUUAAAGGACAUAGAGAUGAGCCUUAUUCAUAUCAUUUGCAUGAUAUAUAUUUUAUUUAAUCAGACCUUCCAAACUGAUAGUUCCCCAUUCCUAUUGAUUGUUAGGUGCAAAUGAUAGAGAUCUUUAUUUGUGUGUUUUUUGUAAAUUUAUUUUUGUUAUUGAAUCUUUAGGAGGAGCUGCAGAGAGACACUCGCAUCACCUGGAUUGUUGAAUUUUACGCCAACUGGUCAUCUGACUGCCAGUCCUUCGCUCCAGUCUUUGCUGAUCUUUCUCUCAAGUAAGAGAUAGUCAAUCAGGACCAAACGAGAUACUGAGUUUGACAAGAGAUCUCAAUGUUGUUGGUGAAAAAAUUGUUUUGGAAUUGGCUGUAACUGCUGUCUUCACAACAAGACAAAACAGAAGAUAAACUUAAGCAUUAUGUCUCUGAAUCACCAGUAACACAUUUAGAACCGGUGUGUGUUAAUUUUGCAUGAUUUGUACAGCUUAAAGAGUUACUGUUUGACGUAUGUAUAUAUAUUUUUAAAAAUGUGUAUUUCUAGCUUUUUCAGUAAUUAAGAAAAAAAUCUGUACACAGUAUAUGAAACGCCACAGUACAAAAAAAACUCAGAAAAGAUAAAAAUGAUAGUAAAAAAUAGAAAAAAGAAAAGGAAAUGCAGUUGAAGACAACACUCGGAGGUCAUAAUUAGCUCAUUCAAACACAUAAAUCAUCAACUGUUUGGUAUUCAACCAUCUGGUAUUGGUCGCACUACUUAGUAUAAAAUUUGUCAAAUACGCUUAAAAAAUAACAGUUAUAUUUUUUGCUAAGUUUUCAGGUUUUUAGGUGAUGUGUAAAAGUCCUAUAAAUUUUCAGGUACAACUGUCCUGGACUCAGGUUUGGGAAGGUGGACAUUGGACGAUAUGGAGAGGUUUCAGAAAGGUCAGCCAUUUUCUUCCCUCUGCAGCAGUGUUUGAUCAUGUUCAGUUUGUUUACACAUGCAAUAAAUUCCUGUGACUAAUUUCUUCUUAUCUGUGAGCAGGUACAGGGUCAGUACGUCUCCUCUGGCUAAGCAGCUCCCCUCACUGAUACUUUUCCAAGGGGGACAGGAAAUAAUCAGACGUCCAAUGGUGGACAGCAAAGGCAGAGCUGUGUCUUGGACCUUCAAUGAGGUAAGUCAUGACUGUGAAGAAAUAAACACUGAAUAAGCCACACUCAGAGAUAAAUGCUAACAAGAAGACUAUUUCUCCUCUUACUAGGAGAACAUUAUCAGAGAGUUUAAUCUCAAUGAGAUCUUCCAAAAGGCCAAGAAGUUCAACAAAGGCCGGGGGUCGAAAGAAGAAGGCCAGAACAGCGUUCAGCCAGAGGAGGGCAGCAGCGAGCUUCAUAAUGGAACUGACAACCUGGAGCAGCUUACAGAGAGCAAAAAAGACCAGUGAGAUGAAAACGACUGUUCAAAGAGGGACUGCUUGAAGUGUUUGCUCUGCUAUUGACAUUUCCAUGCCUCACAUUACAGUAAAAGUUAUUGAGGAUUGAGAGAUGACAGCAGGUUCAACUACUUCUACGUGAUCGCUCAACACUAAGUCAAUGCCUAAAUAUGUCAAAUGCCUUCAACAGCUCAGUCAUCUGUGCGUGCUCUGCCAAAGUAUACAGUCUUCAACUCAGCUUCACAUGGUAUGCAAUGAUUAUUUGAAAACAUCUUCAUACAAAGUCUAAGCUAUUCGAAACCAAAUGCCUUUUUGUAUUGACUUUUUUUUAGCUGUGUUCUGCUGCCAGUGUUUAUGAUUUUUCAAACCAAAGGGAAAAGGUGAUUGUGAAAUAAAGAAGUAUACAGACACUUUUGUUGUUUUUAAAUCAGUUUGACCUUUUUAUUCUGAGAAGAAAUCUUUUUAAAAAUUCUUUAUAAGGCCAUUUUGGAAAUGUCUUUAAUGUACUCAUUACAGAUAUUUGUGAAACUCGUUCCAUUCAUCACAGCCCACAAUAGCAAUAUUUUAUCUCACACAGAAGUUUACCUACUAUACUCAAAAGAUCAGAUUGUUCAGCGGCCACCAUGAUUGGCCAGAGCAGGAAGAAAAGUAACACAGGUUCUUUAUCUCCAUUCAAAAGCUGCUUGUGCCAUGAAUCUUCUUAUCUUGUUGCCACCCACACAUGAACUGGGUGGAUGUCUGACAAUAUUCUCACAAGUAGCCAGUUCAGCAUGACAAACAAAAUCACAUGCACACCAAAGACAAAGCCUGAAAGGGUUGAAAUCUUAUAACACAGUUGUUUGGGUUGAAUGAUACUCGUGUGCUUCAAGCGUGUACUUUCUCCCAAAGACGUGCUACAUUCAGCCAGCCUUGACAUACUACUGCGAACACCGCUGUGGGCUUUAAUAUUAAAAAAAGGAAAAUAAAUAAAGCUAGACUGUAAUGCCCGGUCCUGAAUGAUGCAUGUGCAUACACACCUCUGUUUCUCUUCUUAGUACUGUCAAAGUGGCUUUUUUAUGUACCUUUACAGAAGUUUCUCAAAAAUGAGCAAGUCAAUCGAGAAAUGUUAUCUUUUUUUUCCUUUGCGAAUGUAAAAAAUAAAAAUCAUUAAAAAAAAUUAAAAUGUGCUUGCUCUACUCAGAAUGUAUUCAAGGCAAAAGAAAAACAAUCUCCAUUGCAAACCAGUCCCCUUCAAUAAUCUAUUCAGUGGCAUUUCACACUUACAUUUUCUUUUAAAGCAUUAAAAAAAUAGUCAAGUUCUCUUUUUUUCUUUCUUUCAAAAAAAAAAAAAAUGGUAGAGACUGGUUUGAAAUAUUGUCCAAAACUAAGUUUUCUUGUCUUGUGAAAUAAAUAAGCCCUUCCCUCACUGCCCCUAUUUGGCUGGCCAUCUGUUCAAGGUACGAGGGUCUGCUAGCAUCUAGACUGACUGACAGACGACUUUAAAGAAAAGGAGAAAAACCAUAAAAACACCAACAAGACAAACAAUGAUCUUAAAGCUACAAAUAGAUUUUGCAUAAUGUCUCUAGCUUUAACAUUACAAGCGUACAUUCCACAAAGAUGUUUGUGCUGAAAAUCAGAAAUUUCUUUGUGGCUUUCAACAAAGUUAAGCUCAAUUAUUUGCCACUUCAGCUGUCCACUAAAGGAUCAUCUUUCUCUUUGGACGAUGUCAACUCCAGCAAGAGCUUAUGAGUGGCUGAUGCAGCCAUUUAAUAUAAACAGGCAACUGAUUUGAAAUCGCUUUCAUGAAUAAUUACACACAGUACAUUUGCCACCCUCAUCAAUAGUCAUCUUCAAUACCUGACAAUUUAACCCAAUAAUAAUCUGAAAGAUUUCAUACAUUUAUAUAAAACAAUAUCUUAAAAAAAGAUUUAUAAAACUAAAAUGAUACUGUGUUUAUAGGUCGGACUCGUCUCUCAACGGUUAUAUCAAUAAACAGGUCAUGUGGUCCGUUCAGACAGUACAGAAGUAGACGUUUCUAUUGGUCAACAGUCCUGAAUCCACUCAAAAACUCUACACCCACUGGAUAAAGGCCAUCUUUUCCUUGAAGGUGUCAAACACAGAGGUCAACACUCUGUGAGCUAUGUACCAAAGUAAAACAGCAACUCAUCGGAUAGCUAUGGUGUUCAAUUUGAAAUAUCCGUACCGUGGUGGUACAGUCACGUUAGUCUAUGGCUCACCAAGUGGAAAAAAUGGAGACACAUUGAUCCUUUGAAAAAUAAACCGUAGUCCCGUUUUACUCUUUGUUCAAAUCUGAAAGGCUUGCAGAGAAGAGAGGCCAGAGGCCAAAGCUAACAGAGUGAGUACCACACGGGCCUGCCUCUGGAGUCCAACAGGAAGAGUUGUUUCUCUGGGUCCUGCAGUCGUGAAUAAUAUCCAGCUCGGGGAAGUGGAAGCAGUCCAGAGACUUUUUCUCCUCCGCCUCAUGAUAGACCUUGAAGGACAUCUGUCACUCAAACCGAUAUCUCAUAAGUGGUCCCUCCGACGCCUGUUACCUUCUUCACACCGCCCCCUGGUUUGGAUGUGGUGUGAUUGGCCAAGGCUGGGCGAGAGGUGGAUCUGAUUGGACAGUCAUCAGGAAGGGUAGAGUGGGGAUGGGGGGGAUUCAGGAUGAGGAUAAAGAAUAAAUGGAAGUGGAGAUGAGAAGUUCUACUUCAAAGACAAUGAACAAGCAAAAACUGUAAAAAUAUUUCACUACCAUGGAUCUUGUAAGGCAUUUGGUUACUAAGCUGAGUGAGUUGGAAGAGGGAAAAAAGGACAGAUAAAAAGGGCAGCAUUGUUAGACAUGCUUUCAUCAGACUAGUCGCACACUGGCAUGCAUAAACACUACACACACAUUUUAUCAAUUACACCAACACAACUUUCACACACAUCCAACUGUUACAAAAUUAACAAGCAAGAUUGUAAACUGUUCAAGAGGAAAAGGAAGACUCACACAGAUCAGGGAGGAAGAGGAAGGCUGACACAAACCAGGGAGGAAGAAGAAGAGGAUUAUGAGGGAAAGGAGAAGGAAGAGUAGCAGGCUGAUGGAUCUGCAGAAGGAUCACUACUCACUGUGGAGCCUGUUGCCCUCCCCCGGCUCCUCCCCCACUCAGCACAGUGCCUCCUCCCGUAGGCCGAGGCUUGUACUGAGGCCCUGCCUCCCCAAUGUAAGACUGGGACUUCCCAAGGGAAAGCCCUCGGGGUGGCGGGGAGACAGGAGGCUCUAGUGAGCGAGCCCCAGGGGAAGAGGAUGAGGAGGAAGGGUUACGGAAGGCUCGGGAAGAGGGGUCGUGGUUAUGAUGGAGCAGGUGCUGUAUUUCAGGAGGCCCAGAUGAGGAGAAAGGGGGAGGGCUAACGGCACGCAGGUAGGCCCUGUGGGGGGAGGAGAAAGUGGCAGAGCCCUGGAGAAGCUGCCCCUCCCUCUGCUGUGCAAUCUGAGCUGAGAGGAAGGGCGACGUGUAGCCCUGCAGCGGGCUACCGGGUGACACCACCUCAGGCUGGCCUGUUAAAGUCGUUGAGGGAAACAGAGCUCGAGGCUUCUGUGGGGACAGCUCAUGGGCAGCUGACUCAAACUCUGGGCUCUCGGAAGGCGUCAGCAGGCUGUCAUAGGACAGGCUGCCGUUCCGAGGCGUCUGAUUGGCCAGGCUUUUGUAGCUGGUGUCUGUGGUACCCUCUGAUUGGAGCGUGGCCAGUGGGUUAUGUGCCGUGUGCGCUGAGCGCAGACUGGAGGAGCGGGAGCCGCCAGUGGACAGAACCAGAGAGGAUGGGUAGGAGGUGUAGGAGCGCCCAGUCAGGGAGUGACCAGACAUGCCCCCUGACAUCCCCACAGCAGUCCCGCCAGGGCCUCCGGGGCCCUCACCCCUCUCCCCUCCCCCUCUGCGCACCCCUACACCUCCCCCUACUACUGUGGCCCCGUCCAGGCUGCUCGGCUCUGAGCGGUAACUGGGCUGGCGGCUGGACUGAAGAAUGGAGGGUGAUGGAGAGUCCAGACUCUCCCCACGGAUCAUCUAUGAAAAGGAGAGGAGGAGAGAGAGGAGGAGAGACAGAUCAAAGGCAGAGAGUGGGAGGAACAGUGUGAUGAAGAUGGAGGUAGGAGUGAAGAAGAGGGAAGAAAGAUGGAGACGCCAUGUUACCUCAGGAAAGGAUAACAUAGAAUCAAAACAAACUGUCUACAGAUUGCACCAACAAAAAAAUAAUAAAGUGGUGGGGAAAAUCAGAUGCUUGACCGGUGCUCUACUCCAUCAUCACACUACUGGAUUGGAAACAUUGACUGGUUUAACAAGCACCGACACUGCAUGUCAAAGACUGUGUGUAUCAACACAUAUAUGGAAGUACAAAUACAUACAGUACAGGAACUACACAUUCCAGUCAAUGGUCUCAGGGGGAAGGAUAGAUCCACUCAAACACACAUAAGACAGUCAAAGGGAGACACACACACUUCCACUCACACACAGAUGACACUAGCUGAGACUUACUGAUCAACCGAUGGCCACUGAAUGAUCAAUUCAAAGUAAAAACAAAAAAACAGGGGCACUGUGUUAACCACAACAGAAAUCAGGAGGGCCAGGGGAUAUUGUUUGCUUGUUUUCCUAGAUUCUCAGAACAGAAAUGUUUAAACAUCCCUUUGUUUUACUAAUAUUAAAAUAUCCUUGAAAUAUGGCAAUCAACAAGGUCGAGUGAAUCUAAAAGAAGGUACAUACAGAUUUACUUGUGUAUGAGUUGCUAGUAAGACAAAGACGGGGUAAACUUCAGUUUAAGAAGACUGCUUAUUAUUCAUACAGUAUCUACACGAUAAUAUGAGUGUAGUUUAGAGC